UGGCAAUAAAUGCACAGUUUUUCCAAAUCAUAGCAUAUUUCUUAGAUAGUUUGAUAAUUAAUUAUUCGCAUAUUAUCAUGUUUCUAUCAAGAAUUUUCUUGUUAACGUGUUGUACGUUACGCGUUAAAGCAGCUUUCACGUACGAGGUAACACCAAGCUGCAAAGCAAGCGAUGAAGAAUGUUCAUUCGAUUUCCAUGUUAAUUAUAUAAUGAGCAUGGUAGCGUACAACUGGACUUUAUUUCAAGGAUUUCCUGUAUACUUCAAAAAUGGAACCAUGUAUAAAAACAAUGAGUCACCUUUUGGAAAUCAAAGACAUUCAUUUGAAGAAACAACUCUGUCCGAAAAAGAAAAAGAAAACAUACAUACGGUCGAUGGAAAUUACAAGUUUAUGUAUGCCAUAAACAACCAAUUCCCAGGACCCACGGUUGUUGUCUACGAAAACCAGACGGUGAAAGUUCGUGUGUACAAUAACUUGGCAAAUGAAGCGGUCACGCUUCACUGGCAUGGGAUGUUCCAGUCCAAAACUCCGUGGAUGGAUGGUUCCUCUAUGAUAUCCCAAUGUCCUAUACUUCCUGGACAGAUGUUUACCUACAAAUUUAUAGCAAAUCCACCGGGUACACACUGGUAUCACUCUCAUCACGGUGCCAUGAGAAGUGAAGGUUUACAUGGUGCAUUUAUUGUUCUCCCAAGACAAGGAAAAGAGAGAACAGAUAUUCCAAAAGUCGACAAAGAUGUCCUUUUUCUUACACAAGACUGGGUUUUCAAUAAAAAUGAUGCACAGACUGCCGAAGAACAGAAUUGGUUUUUGUUACAAUUUUCAGAUAAUUUUGAUACGGCGGAAUGUACGACGUCAAGGUUUACCUAUGAUGGCUCUCUGUCCACUCUCUUAAGGCCUUACAACAAUGCUCUAAUUAAUGGAAAAUCAAAGUCAUUCGCAAGUGACAGUUCUGUAAACCAGAGAAGUGUUCCUUUGGAAAUGUUCAAUGUGACCCUUAACAGUAAAACAAGAUUUCGGAUAAUGAACACUGGUUCCACGGGGGAGUACAAAAUAUCCUUUGAUGAACAUAAAAUGUUGCUUAUAGCUACUGACGGCUAUGAUUUAUCCACUAUUUGGAUCGACUAUCUUUUUAUAAACCCAGCGGAAACUUAUGACGUCAUUGUAUUUGCCAAUAACACUCCUGGAAACUACUGGAUACGAGUACAAACAAACGAAGUUAUGGAUCAGAAUCAUAAUCGCGUUGAUCCAAACGUGAGCUUUGCGCUGCUUCACUAUCAGGAAGUGGAAGUAUAUUAUCCAGACUCUAAAAGAAAGGAAUGUGCUGAAUUUGAUUCUUGUGUGAUUGCAAACAGCCAUUGGAGUCCGAUAACGAUGUCAAAAUGGGAACCACGUGCUCGGUAUCUGUCAGUGGCGGACAUGAGGGCGCCUGCCAAUGACAAAAGGGCGUCUCCUAUAGCAGUCCCAGAAUCCCUGGAGGACUUUCAGGAAGUAUUCCUCAACUUUCACUUCAACGGUAGCGCUUUGUUAUUUGGCCGCCCAGCUGUGAAUGCUAUCCAUUUCAAAAACCCUCCAGUGCCUUUACAAGUUUCGCCUGAAAUUGUUAACGAAAGCAAUGUGGUCUGUAAUAACACGGACAUGGACCAGUGUGGGGAGUUUUGUAGAUGUACUCACGUGAUCAAGUUGGCCAGUAAAAAGGUCACACAGAUUGUCCUUCUUAAUGAAAACGGUAUUUCUGGAGGGCCCUCGCAUCCAGUCCAUCUCCAUGGUAACCAUUUCUAUGUCCUAAAGUACGGCAGCGGUGAGAUAAACAAAACAACUGGAUAUACACAAGGUCCAACCCAGGACAUCCAGUUCUCUUCUGACUUCCGGUCAGCACAAUGGCGAAAUUCAAGCUGGAAUUUUGGAAACGUUCCUGGUAUCAAUAUUGAGAAUCCACCGAAGAAGGACACCAUCAUGGUCCCGUUCAGGGGAUACGUUAUUAUACGAUUUCGAACGGAUAAUCCAGGGUUCUGGUUGAUGCAUUGUCAUCUAGAGGCUCACAUGGACAUUGGUAUGGCAGUUGUUUUGCAAGUAGGGGAGAUAUCCGAACAGCCAAAGCCUCCCAAGGAUUUUCCUAAAUGUUCCAACUUUAUAAGAGAAUCAUUGUAUAAAUCAGAGUCCAAAGAACACUUCAACGGUUUUCUACAACUGCCAGAUGUAGAGAAAACAUCCAAAACAACCAAAGGCAACACUACAAAGGAUUCAACAAACACUGACUCUGACACGUAUGAAAUGAGCUCUACCUCCUACGUCACAAUAAUAGUAUUUCUAGUGGCAUUUUUCGUUGGUGUUGCAGUAUUUGGUACCUUGCUUCUAAUCAGACACUGUAGAUGGCAUAGAGGCUACGACCAAAUGAAUGAAAACGACAGAAUGAGGAUCUUAAAUAAAAACUAGCUAUAGUUGUUGAAUACUAUUAUUUUAACGAAAAAUUAUUGACGAAGUAUUUUUUUCUUGUGCAUAUUUGAAAAUGCAUUCACGACAGACUUAGAAUGGAAUUCAAUUGGAAUUCAUGGUAUUUUUAUUACUUCUGGCUCGUAUCGACGAGUUGACGACAAAUUUUGUAUAUCUUCAUUUCUUCUUCUUUACUAUGCUAUUAUAUUGGGCGUGUUAAAUAAUAUUUUAAUUAUAAGUCAAUGGAUUUUUUGAUUUAACAUAGAAUAGUGAUUCUAUAGUAAUAUAUUGACAAAGUCAACGUUUGUUUCAUUCUCGCCUUUGAUUAUUUAAUUAUUUUAGCUUUCCUAUAUCAUUAAAGGGGCACCUUCAUAAUGUGACGUACUUCCUAUCAAAAUAAACAAUAACAUCAAGUAUAUUUUCAAAUAUAUUUUUUUUUUACCAAAAUCAUUGCCUAUCAGUGAAAUGCAAUAAGUUACUGUGCUAUAGAGACGUGGUUACGCACAAAUGUAUUAAUUUUACCAUAUAUCGAAUAAUUACACGAUUUCAACAUAUUUUAUAUGUCAUAUAAAAAGACGAACUUUUAAAAAAAAUAAGAUCUCCAUAAGUAAAUGAAUCAAAUUAAAAAGAGAAAA